AUGGAGUUGUUUUAUGUUCCAAACAAGUCGCUCUGCAGCCAAAAAAAUAAAGUAGUAAAUGACGCGUUUGUGGAAGGCCUGGUUUCAGAUUGGCAUUUGUCGGAAGGCUUCAAAAACGACAAAAAGUCGCACGGCUCUCUGCUGAACAACGACCUCCCGUGGCAAAGCAAGUGGUAUUUGAAGUUCGAUCCCCCAAGGAGCGCCCAGGAACUGGGAAUAGAGCACUACUGGAGCUACGAAGCGCCCAAACUGGUUAAUUUUGCCACUGCCUCAGACUUUGACCUGAAGUCCGGGAAACCGGAUUCACACUCGCAGCUGGGCAAAUCGUCGAUGUCGUCGCUGAAGAACACAGCCACAGUGGUUUUAUCGGGAAGCACCCACGAGUCGCUGAAGAGGGAGGCGUACCGCAGGGAAGCGUACAAGGCGGAGUCGGAGGCGGACCGCGCGAGCGCCUUUUCGCUGCAGAUGAAAAUGCCGCCGAGCGAACCAGGCCAGACGAAGCUGUCAAUGCUGGAGAAGUUCACGAUGUCGGCGACCAAAGGCCACAAAGGCAGACCAUCGCACAGUAAAAAACAUUAA